CUGCUGUCGAUCUUUUCGUCGUUUUUUAUUUCUACUUUGUUUUUUCAGAGUUUCUACUAUUGAUUGUGCUUUCAAGGUUUUUUAUUGCUUUCGUGGUUUAGGGUUUCCAAUUUUUUGGAAACUUUGAAGAUUAACAAAUUUGAUCUGUGAAGUAGGAUUAUUAAAAAUUGGGUCAGCAGUGAAAGAUAGAUAGGAUACAAAGGAACUCUUGCUGUACGCUUUCAUUCAUCAUCUUGUGGAAGGUUCUGAAUUCGUUUCAUAAGCCCAAAAUUUCAGAUUCAUGGGUGAUGGUACUCCUAGGAAGUUAAACAUAUUACCUGAUUACUUUAGUGCUCCUAGUCCCACCACGGUAUCUUCUCAAGACAAUACUCCAUCAUCUUCGCAGCAAAAGGACGAUCUUUCUCUGAGGUCUCAUAGCCAGUCACGUACUCGCAGAAAUUUGAAAAGAGCAGCACUUAUGUUGAACAUGUUCACUCUUCGCCGUCUGCCUUGGGUUUCAGACGGUCAAGAUAAGGUAGAGCUAUCAGCAGCGGAGUUAGAAUCACUUAGAUCAGAACUUUCUGAUUUGGAAGAAAGAGAAGCUUACCUCAAAGCGCAGUUGGAACAUGUGGAUGAAGUCUUGCGCUCUGCCCGUUUAUCUGGCUAUUUGUUUAUCCGAAGUCGUUGGGCAGCUCUUCCUGGUGAGCCAGCACCAAUAGAUGAUACAGAAGUAGACGACUGGCUUCCUCGGUUUGUCGUCCUUCAAGGCCCUUGUCUUUUCUUCCAUUUAUUGUCAACAGAUUUAAGCCCUCAAGAUUCGACAUUGCUGGCGGAUAUUGUAGAAGUUGGUUCGUUACCUAGCUACACUAGGGAAUUCGAUGAACCCCAUCAUUGCUUUUACAUCUUAACCCGUCAAGGUCUAAGAUUUGAGUGCUCAAGCACCUCUAAAAUACAGGUUGAUUCGUGGUUGUCACUAUUGCGCCUCGAUUGCAAGUUUGAACCAGAAGAAAAGCUACCAAACGGAUCAAGCAAAGCUCUAUAAUAAAAUUGAAGAUUGACCACUGCUCUGUAUAGUUUUCAUUUCUAUGUAUAUAAAAUGCUUACUUUAGACGUAGACUUGUAGUAGAAUUCACGUCAAUGAAAGGUUCUUUUACUAAA